UCGAAUUAGGGGAGUUCUUUAAAUGAUGACGUAAAGCAGCGGCUAUAACCCAGGAAAUGAAAGAGCAGAGUACUGAAGAUAAUCAAAAUGGUAACGUACCAGUAUCUUUAGGAAAUAUGGAAGAAGAAGUUGUAAAUAAUAAAUCCUCAUCUAAUAAAGUUAACAGGAGGAAUCAGUCUUUGGAGGGAAACAUUUCUUGGCUGUUAAGACUUUUUCGAAGUGAUUUUUUUGAUGUCUCGCUGGCCGUUGCCUAUCUUUGGCAGUAUCCCGAUCCCGGCGUUAAAGACUAUUUAGUCAACGAGUUGUUUAACAUGCCGUUUUCCAAGCUCAAUUUCUACAUUCCACAGCUCGUCCACAUGUGCUGCUUAUGGCACUCGCCAGACGGCGCUCUCGAGCGGUUUCUUCUGUUUGCUUGCUCGCACCACUUCAGUUUCGCCUGUUUGGUAAUCUGCUUUUUAGAGUCGCAGUUGGGUAAGUAUGCUGACUCUUCGGUAUCCAGUUAUGCCCGCUGGCUUAAACAGGCCAUCUUACUGGAACCAGCAAGCUUCCGCGCUUUUCUCCCGUCCGCGUGCUCCAGUGGCUCUCAACCUCGCCUGCCCACGCUUGUGCCCUCCAGCGAUCAGGAGUCGCCCGACCCUCUCCCGUCCUCUGAGUGUCUGCGGCAUCGGAAGACCAGUUCGGCGCAUGUCCUUCCCGUCCCCCACUCGCUAGGCAUCCUCGCCUAUUCGCAGGAGUGCAAGGCCACUGUUCAGACGCACCUACGCGCUCAGCUCGCUUUUAUAAAUGCACUAGUGGGAAUCGGCAUCAAAUUACUGAAUAUAAAAUGUAGAGACACGUGGCAAGAGCAUUUGUAUUCCGAAGUACUAUUGCUGCGCUCUCUAAAUCUCUCCUUGCCUGCGCGGCCCACCCGCGUGUCCUUCCCCCUAGCCCUCGAUGACAGGGGUCACCAACACCACGUGGUUAGAAUCCCUCCAGAAGAGGCCGUUAUUUUAGACUCCAAAGACCGAGCGCCGUUUCUUAUCCUCGUCGAGGUAGUCGAGUGCGAUGAUCCGCUUUCUUCUGCUUCAGAAGGGCCGUCGGAGCUCUUCGAAGUGCCCUCUCGCGCAGAUGAGGGCCCUUCGAGUCAAACAGGACCUCAGCUCGAACAUCCCUCCCGUCUGCUUAAAGAGCCGUGGAACGAAAAAGUCGACCGGAUACGUUGUAACUCGCCUUAUGGGCAGGCAGACGGCUGGGAUGUCCGAUCGAUGAUCGUUAAAAGCGGAGACGAUCUCAGACAGGAAGUGCUGGCCGCCCAGAUGAUCCUCAAAUUCAAGCAUAUCUGGGAGGAAGAGCAUUUGGCGCUCUGGCUGCAUCCGUACCGCAUAGUGGCCACAGGUAGCAACGGCGGGCUUAUCGAGACCAUCAAGAACGCAAUCUCGCUGCACUCCAUUAAGAAGCAGAUGGGCUCUCGCAGUCUGAAUGACUACUUCGAGGAGAAGUUUGGCCAGCAGCGGACAGGGCCAUACUUGCUAGCUCAGCAGAACUUUGUCGAGAGCCUAGCCGGCUACUCGCUAAUAUGCUACUUUCUGAAGGUCAAGGACAGGCACAAUGGAAAUAUACUUAUAACGCACGCGGGGCAUGUGGUGCACAUCGACUUUGGGUUUUUCCUUGGGAGCUCCCCGCGGAAUUUGGGUUUUGAAACAGCGUCCUUUAAAAUGAGCCUCGACUUUGUGGAGGUCAUGGGCGGCGUCGAGAGCGAUAUGUACCAUUAUUUCCGAAGCCUCAUGCUUCAGGGCUUCAUUGCUGCCAGGAGGCACAUGGACAAGGUCGUCCUCUUGGCGGAAAUCAUGCAGAGAGGAUCCAAUCUGCCCUGCUUCUACGGGGGAGAGGCCUGCAUAAAAGCCCUCAAGGACCGCUUCAAAGUGUCGUUGACGGAGAAACAGCUCAUAGGGCAAGUCAACACCAUGAUCGAGGACAGCAUGUCCAGCUUCUCGACGAAACUGUACGACAACUAUCAGUACUAUAAAAACGGAAUUCUGUAAUGCGAGAAAAGACGCUAGGACGAAGCACGUGGCACUUCGGCGAGUAAAGAGAAGCGCCCGCCAACCGUCCACACAA